UUAAUUGGUAUUCCCACAAUGGCGGAUGCAUCGCGCUUUGUGGCCUGGAGCUGCUGCCUCCAACUGCUGUUCCUGCUCCUUGGCGUUCAGGGGUAUGAAGUACCCAAGGCUAAGAUCGAAAUUUUCUAUCCCAAGGGAUUCGAGGUCUCAAUUCCCGACGAGGAGGGCAUCACCCUGUUCGCCUUCCAUGGCAAACUAAAUGAGGAGAUGGAGGGCCUGGAGGCUGGCACCUGGGCACGGGACAUUGUCAAAGCGAAAAACGGACGCUGGACCUUCCGGGACCGGACUACGGCUCUAAAGCCCGGCGACACCCUGUACUACUGGACAUACGUUAUCUACAACGGACUGGGUUAUCGCGAAGACGACGGGUCGUUUGUGGUCAAUGGGUACAGUGGUAAUAAUGCCUCACCACAUCCACCUGUGGUUCCAGUCUCCACAACUCCCUGGACUCCACCUGCCGAUCCGGAUAUCGACAUAAGAUUGGGUUGCACUACUCCCAAGACCGAGGUCAAUGGAGCACCCACUCGUUGUGCCGGACAGCUGGUGUUCGUGGAUGAGUUCAAUGCUUCAAAGCUGGAUCCCAAUAAGUGGAAAGCGGAACGCAGGUUUUCCGGUCAACCCGAUUACGAGUUUAAUGUUUACGUGGAUGACGCUCCGGAAACCUUGUGCUUGGCCAAUGGUCAUGUGGUGCUCUCGACGAACACAAUGAAAAAACAAUUCAAGAAGGGAUCGGGAGAAAGUUUGGAUCUGGGUGAAAAGUGCACGGGACAAGCGAAUACCCACGACUGUGUAAGGAAUGGCCGAACCAUGAAUGACGGACUUCCGCCAAUGGUCACCGCUCAGUUCUCCUCCAAGGAUUUCUCCUUCAAGUACGGUCGCGUGGAGGUGCGAGCCAAAAUGCCGAGGGCACAGUGGGUGACUCCACAAAUCUGGCUGCAGCCCAAGCGUCCGAUCUACGGAGUGGAUGACUAUCGGUCAGGACAGCUGAGAAUCGCUUAUACCCGUCCGAAUGGAGGUAAUCUGGAUUUGUAUGGCGCGGCCGUGCUCUUCGCAGAUGAGCCGCUGCGAUCGGUCAAGAAUUGCCUGAAGCCAGGUACUGGAAAUAACUCCGAGGACUGGAGCGAUAGUUUCCACAAUUACACUCUCGAAUGGACACCCAGGGAACUUCGCUGGCUGGUGGACGGCAAGGAGUGGUGUGUCCAGGGUAGUGCUAAAGAAUCUUUCAGCGAGACGACUGCCGGCGGAAAGAGUUUACCGCAGGCCCAGAAACUGGAGGAGGGCACUGGACUGGCGCCCUUCGAUCAAGAGUUCUACUUGACCUUCGGACUAAGCGUGGGCGGUUUUAACGAGUACCAGCACGAGGUCAAACCAUGGAACGAGAAGGCGCCGCAGGCGCAGAAGGCCUUUUGGAAGGAAGUCAAGAAGAUAAGGGACCACUGGCUGGACGAGGGCCACAUGAAGAUCGACUACGUGAAGGUGUUCUCUUUGUAAACUCUGUAAUUGAAUUACAAGCUUAGGAAAUAAAACAAAUGUAAUUUACAUUUAUACAAUACA